UUCCGUGUGACCGCCCCACAGCGGCUGGUAGUCGCCCUUCACGUUCUCUUGGAGCCGCUUCUCGGGUUCUCCACUCCGCAGGGUGGACGCAGGCCCGGUCGUGGCCGCUCCGGGAACGUGGGAGGCGAGUGCUGGCGUCCCGGUCAGCGGCCAGGCAAUGUUGCUGAUCAACAGCUGAAGACAUCAGUGUUAUUCGCAUUGUUCCCAGACUGAAGCCAAAACACAGCACUGCACCAGCUACUAAGAAGAAAAUUAACUCUAUCCCAGCUGCAACCAGGCAUUCUGAAGCUUUUUCCAAGAAUACUUACAAAACAAGGUGAUCUUCAUAGAAAAUACUAAAGACUUCAAAGGAUUCACUUUGGGCAAAAUAAGCAAAUUAAGUUGUUCUGAAAAAGUAAAAUGGAUGCUUGUUCAGUCGGAGUUCAACUUCAAACUACCAAUGAAUGCCAUAAGACAUAUUACACCCGUCACACUGGUUUCAAAUCUAAGCAAGAUCUGUCUUCAUCUGACCUACUGUUACUUCAGCUUAGGACUGGAAUAACCCUUUCAGAGAACAAUACAAUCUGCUUCCACCAUGCAAAAAUUUACAUUGAAAGAUUUGAAGACUUGCAGAAGUCAUGUUGCGAUCCCUUCAAUAUACACAGAAAACUAUCAAAGAAAAACUUGAGAGCAAUUGACUUGGAUGAUGCAACUUUUCUAAGUGCCAAGUUUGGAAGGCAGUUUGUACCUGGUUGGAAGCUUUGUCCCAAAUGCAUGCAGAUAAUAAAUGGAAGUGUGGAUGUUGAAUCUGAAGAUCGCCAAAGACGAAAACUUGAUUCAGAUGGGCGUACUGCUAAGGCAUUGAAGUCUCUACAGUUUGCUAAUCCAGGCCGACAGACUGAAUUCACUCCUGAGACCAGCAAGAGGGAAAAAAGAAGGCUGCAAACAAAAAAUGCGACAUUUAAUUCAGACAGGCAAGUUUUACCAGCCAAGAGUAAAGUCUAUGACAGCCAAGGACUACUGCUUUACAGUGGGAUGGACCUCUGUGAUUGCCUGGAUGAAGACUGCCUUGGAUGCUUUUAUGCUUGCCCCAAGUGUGGCUCCAACAAGUGUGGAGCUGAAUGUCGCUGUGACCGCAAGUGGCUGUAUGAGCAAAUCGAGAUAGAAGGAGGAGAAAUAAUUAAAAAUAAGCAUGCUGGUUAGAGUAUAUGCACAUUAAUUAUGCUGAGUAUAUAUUCUAUGCUUUGAUUAAACACAGCACAUUUGUCAGUGAUUUACUGAAAGCCAUUGGAAUUUAUCACAAUCCAUGUGAUUAAUAUGCUCACUUUCACAUUUAUUUUCAGUAUGAUUAUGGAGAUAAUUGUACUACUGUAUUUUUACACUUCAUUCUACCUUGUACUCGGUCUUGUUAGUCACCCAAGUAAUCUCUCAUCACAUAGUCUUUCACUGUAUGUAGGUAUAAGGGGCUAAAUUUUCAUGUGGUAUAUCCUGAGCCACUCAUUUGUCUCAUACACUGUUUUGUAGAAUGCACCAUCUCUCACAUACCACUCCUUUUUCAUUCUCUAGUUCAGGAUCUCAUGGUCUUGAAUCUUCUAUGUGAAACACUCUUAAGAGUUCUCAAUUUACAUGCGGUAUUAUUAAAAAUCUCUCCAGCAUUAAUAGUGAAUGCUUCUAUAGAGUAUCUAUGAUUUUAUCCCAGCUAUAGCUGAUAAAUUCAAUCCUGCUCACUUAAACAGAUUCAAAGGCAUUUAGGCAUUCAGAUUCCAUCCAAAUUACAGGGAUUUGAGAUAAAGUUAUCCCUAUAAUACAAGCCUCAUUGUUGAAGUGUUUAAAUUAGCAUAUUUUCAGUGCCUCGACAAUUUGAAGUAUUUGACUAUGGUACUGAUUUGUUGAUUUCUAACACAAUUGAGAUAAGUUUUCUGUAUUUGUUAUCAGUCUGUAUUUAGACUGGACUAACUGGUACUUCAACAGCCUUCUCCCCUCUUUUACUUUGUACUUGUUUUUAAGGUAAAGGUUUGUAUGCAGCUGAAAUGCAUUCAAGUGUCUGUUCCCCAACUAAGAAUACCAGACUGCUACAAAAAAACACCCAAACGUUUGAAUUUAAAUUUUGUUUGGUUGAUGCAUUAUCUACCUGCAGAACAUGAAAAUUUUACAAUAUAACGUGAUUUAUGUAGAGCACUUUCUAACUGAAAUCUUAAGUAUUAUUCUCCACUAUUUUUGUUGUGUUUUGCAUAAAUUCUGUAUUUUUAUGAUAGACUUGGAAGAUAUUCAUGUUUAUUAGGUCACAUUUAUUCAAGAAUACUGUUAACUAUUGAUUUCUGAAGACUUAGUAAGCCUUAGUAGGUACUCCAGUGGGUAAAGCUGUAUAAUCUUGCUGUUUGUUUAGAGUGGAUUUUUUUCUGAUAAGUCUCAUGAAGUUUAUACCAUGAAAAUCUGAAGUAAUGCUUUGAGUUACACUGACAUCUGCUGGUCCUAGUGCAGUGUAAGCAUCUCUUUUUACUACAUUUUUAUUAAAUCUGCUGCAAAAAUAAA